AUGAAGCAAUCCGUGGUGAAGGACGUCCUGUGUGUAAUCGCGUACGGGACCUGGGGCGCAAGACUGUCAGCUGCCAAGUUGUUAUUCUACUAUUGGCCGCCCUUCGAUGCUAAGCUUUUCGAUAGGAAGGGGCUACUCUGCAAAUUUUCUAAUGAUCUCGUUCCCUUCCUGUGUCAACGCGACAUGUGCCCCAACGCGGGUUCCGCUGAAGCAGCCAAGGUGUGCUAUGACCACUGCAUCAGCGUUACCUUCGCGUCUGACAGUCCACCACCCUUGUAUCUAUGUAUUGAGUGCGCCAAUGAAAUUCACAGGGAACAUCCAAACCAGCGUUUCUUCGACAUUCUACAUCCUCAACAACAGGUGUCUAUGGUCUGCGAAAAUAAGAACUGCCGUUCAUCUGACAAGGCUGCGUACUCCAUAUGUUUCUCUAACGAGUGCGCCAGCUACAACGGCAACCAUCCCAUCAGAAGAUAUUAUGGUGUGUGGGUUGGUAUGGCCGAAAUGGUGGGUAAUGAAGUUAUGGUGGUCAGGUACUGCCAGCAGUGCCACGGCAACCGCCACAACAGCCGGCGCGGCGGGGACCACGUGGUCCACACGCGCCUGCCGCUCGCCUGGCAGAUGGACAGCGACAUGCAGACCAACCUCGUCGAGGCCAUCAUCAGCCUCUUGAAAGAAGCCAAGCCAAUCAACAUGGAAGACCCGGACAGUUCCACGGAACAGCUCAAGCCACCACUACGCGUGGACUUACCUGAUCCUAUCUCCGUUGAAGAUCGACAGCUUUUGGGCAGGUACGGAGUGUGGCUGAUGGUUGGACUUUGUACUCCGAACCCUGAUACUCCUGACGAGAUACUAGGUCGUCUGCUCUCUGUGCUGUUUCAUUGGUUCCAUGUUACCAGCUUUUCGUACACCGGCGAAACUGCAAACGCCGUUGAAAAAUUGAAGUGUGAACAUGUGUGCGGUUGGCUCCGAAACAUCGCUGAAACUCACCGAUCGGAGCUCAUGGAACUGAAAGUCUCCCUUGGCAAGAUCCUGGAGCCUGAAGGUGCGAUGGUGGGUGUAGACGAGAAGAACCUGUACAAAUUCGCUGUGAUGAAAGUGACCACCACACCUACUCCAGACACUGUGCUGCCUGUCCUGGAAUGGUUCCAGACCAUAUCAUUGUUGGAUGUGAAGAUCCCAUUAUCACAGCUGUUCGAUCUAUUCAGUCAUUGCGUCGUCAACUUGCCUGAGAAAAUCUUUAAACCAACACCUGCGGAAGGGACAAAGCCCAAAGAUUCCCCAGGUAAUGAGAAAGACAAGAGUGACAAGGAGGAAAUGAAACCCCAGAAUCUGACGUGUUGUAUCCUCAUGCUUGACAUUCUACUCAAACAGAUGGAGUUACAACAGCGACGUAUAAACAGCCAAAACGUUAGCAGCGAAGCUACUAAGCUACUGCGCCUAAUGCUGAAGUCCAGUCAGACCAACACCAUUGAACACGCGGUGUGCCUGGCGGAGGGCGCGUGCUCGUACUGCGAGGCGGCGGCGCUGUGGCACCAGCUGGCCGUGCUGCUCGUGCGCGCGCUCGUGCCCGACAAGCCCAAGCCGCAGCCCGAGCCCUCUUUCGAAGACGUAUGGCCCGAAACACAACGCGACAAAAAGGGCCAGUCGGAAGACGAACGUAGCAAAUCUGGAGGUACUCCCGCCACUUCUGUGGACGCCCUCAUGUCCAUCGCUCAUCCGUUAAGCAUGGGAGGAGACAAGAGUUCCGUCGGUGGAGUCCUCGUGCACAUGCCCCAUAUAAUGACGGCCACGGUAGAGACGAUCACCGAACAGCUUGACAUGGCCGUGUCUUUGCCACCAACUGAUGCACCAACCUUGGCUACCGCGCACACUAUUACUUUAACCGACACGGAUGUGGCAACUGCUACGGCUGAUGCAAGUAUAUUGGAUGUUUUUAGGGUUUCUACGCCUAACUUGCUAGGCGACAAUGAAGCCAGUGCCGAGUCAGUAGACGACGACAUGAUAAAUUUCUGGCUCACAUCUGCUGGCAAGUUCCACUUCUGUAUCGAGGAACUGCCUCAAGAGUUGCAGUAUAUACAUCAGCUUUUGCAGGAAUUGAAGAGUACAUCUAGACCAGACGUAUUGUACCAUUUACUCCAAUGUCUCCAAGUGUUGGUGUUAAAUACGGACGCCUUAGCAGACCACAGAGGUUUCCUGAUAUGGUGCCAGGAGAACUUGCUUAUCGACAACUUAUGGAGUGUGUGCAACGCGUCUCACUCGCACAUAUGCUCUGUCGCGGUUCCUGUACUCCUGCACUGCGUGACUCUGGCUGGAGGAGCCGACGUGUUUUCUGCAACCUCAUCCGGGAUCAAUUCCACCAUCACGACUAUCACGUUAGGUUUACUGCAGUGGAACGAGUAA